CAGACGGCUGUUGAUAUAAAAGAAGAAGUUUCGCUCUCGUGAGGCAAAAACCAAACAGGCGAUUGAAGGUAUAGGAGUCAUCAACGUUUUAUGAUAUACUACUUAGUUCGUCGCUUGGAUGCUUCCCUCAAGCUCUGUAAGCAUUUCUUUGUCACAAUUGCCCUGAGAAGAUGAAUGAAAAGGUACCUCUUUUUCUAAGUAUCCUGAUUGCUCUUAUUGGCUCUCUCGCUGCUGAUGAAUGUCCUACUUUGUUUUUGCGAUAUAGUCAGGAUCAUUCUUACUGCAAACCUGCUAAUGAGGCAUGCAAUAUCCUACAAUCCUACGAAACAGCUGAUGAUAUUGAAGUCAUUCUGGAUGAGCAUAAUAUGUACAGGAGUAAAAUAGCCACAGGAAAGGAGCCAAGUUUACCACCAGCUACCAACAUGCUACAACUGGUUUGGGACGACGAAUUAGCUGCAGUUGCUCAGAAAUAUGCUGAACAAUGCAAAUUUGAACACGACUGCAGCAACUGUAGGAGAGUGCAAAACUUUGGCGUCGGUCAAAACUUGGCUAUUCAAACGACUAACAGCCCGACUCCUCCUCAGCCAGACUGGAAAUCUGCAAUCAAGAGCUGGUACGACGAAAUAGCUUACUUCAGCAAAAAUUACAUAAGUCCUUUUGAGCCUCCACUGAGUGAACCAACAUAUGGACAUUUCACUCAGCUCAUAUGGGCAAAAACAUGGAGAGUUGGAUGUGGUUUCGUUAUGCACAACGCAGACGGUGUGUAUACAUUGCUUUACGUUUGCAACUAUGGACCUAGUGGCAACAUUUCCCCGGAGAAUGUAUAUAAUAAAGGCCAUGCCUGCGAUGAAUGCCCAGUGAAUUCUUGCUGUGAGAAAACUUGUGAUUCGGAAAAAGUGUACCCUGGUUUAUGCAAAAUAACAGAUAAUAAAGCUCCAACAUACAAGCCAAAAGGAUUAAAUCUUUUUUACUGCGAUUUCAACGGACAAUCUGAUUGUGAUUUUUACGUCACUGGUGAAAGUAAAUGGGAAAUAUACACAACAUUAUCCGGUAACUAUUUAAGCACUGUACUUAAUGGUGGAGAAAACAGUAAGAUAGAAUUUCAAAACCAUAUUUUCCCUACAUCUGCUCCUUUCUGCUUCAGCAUAACGUAUCGUAAAGGGCCCAAUCUAGAUGGUCAAGAAGCCGAAAACACUCUAGAAGAAAAUUUUGUAAUAAUUGGAGCUGGAACUAGUAAUCAAAUCCUACCAGACUUCAAUCCAGAAGCCACGCACCAGUUCAGCAGAUAUGACAUGACCUUACCAUGGAGUAUAGAAACUCAGUUGAGCUUAAGUUUCUCUGUUCCUCCUGAUGCGGCUGCUCAGUUUUUGGAAAUAAAAAAACUAGUGGCAAAACCUGGACCCUGCAAAACAUGAACUGCGAAGGUUGGAAUCACCAUUGUGUUUUAGAUUAUGGAACAUCUGAAGCUUUUUGCAUAAUUUUUUAUGUACACUUUUUAGUUGACUUUAGAAGUAAAAUAGUUCAGAAAUUCGUAUAA